GGAGGAAUGAGGAAGGAGCCCCGGGAUUACCGGCCGCCCGCCCUCCGUAUAAAGCGACCCGCGGAGGCACGUCACACACACCGUGCCCAGGCCUCGUGGCAUCACAUACUUCCAACGAGCUCUCCAGACUGAUACAAGGGAAGCAAAAUGAAACUGUUUCAGAUCCUGUUUGUGUUGACCCUAUGCAUCGUGCUGGAGUUGGCGUUGGCCUACCCCGCAGCUGAAGCCGAAGCCAAAGCUGAGCCAAGGCGACGUUUCGGAGGUUUCGGAGGUUUCGGAGGUUUCGGAGGUUUCGGAGGAUUCGGCCAUGGUGGAUUCGGUCAUGGUGGAUUCGGCCAUGGAGGAUUCGGUCAUGGUGGAUUCGGCCAUGGUGGAUUUGGCCAUGGCGGAUUUGGUCAUGGAUUCGGUGGCCACGACCAUGUUAUUCACCACGGCGAUCAUGUUCACGUCCUCCACCACCAUUUUUAAGCGGUCAUCUGAUGGCCUUGUCUGACUGUGACUUCGGCUAAUGAAGCGCCGUUUUUGUUAAACGUUUGGAUAAUUAAAAUCGUAAUAUUUUUUUAUACAUA